AUGAUACGGGAGAGCGAUGACUACUACCUCUUCCCGAACAUGAAAAAGGAGCUCGGUGGUAAUCAUUUUGCCACAGAUGAUGAUGAUGUUAUGAAUGCUGUGGACCACUUUCUGGGGGCCCAAAAUGGCGCCUUCUACACAGAAGGGAUCCGUCUGCUCCAUGACCGCUGUAUUAAAAUUAAGAAUCAGAGAUUGGAGGUAUCGACCACCUUCCCGGGCCUGCCUGUGGAAUACAGCUCUGAUAACGGGACCACCUGGCUUAAGGUGACAGAAUCUACAACUAUUACAAACAAGGAUUCCGUUCUGUUAAGAACAAGGUCAUCUGAUCUAAGUAGAUUCAGUCGGGUCAUAACAUUUAACCCAGUUCCUCAUGUUCCAGUGUUUGAUCAGUCAGAUAUAGACUACAUGGCGAACAACAUGGAUAUCCAUCUUGAGAUCCUCAACACCACGACCAGCAACACCUCUAACUUCCUGGCUCAGCUCAGUAUAAACAACACUGGUAAUCGAGACAUCAGAUUUGGUAACUGGGGGAUAUGGUUCUGCAGCUUUACAACAAUAAAGACUCACUUUCCCGGACAUGACAUCAGAACGAAUCACCAGAUGACUUUCAAACUGGUUCAAGGUUGCGUUUACAAACUGGAGCCAGCUCGUGGCUUUAGGCCCAUUCUCUCUGGGGAGGACAGGAAAAUAAAAUUUGUCAUUGGAUCUUGGCGGUCGUUAACGCGUAGUGAUUUCUUCCCAAACUGGUAUGUGUCGUCACAAGGCAUGAUGAGUAGAACCAUACACAGUGCAGCUGGUGAACAGGUGGAUUUCUUGGGGACUUUUAAUACAUUGAAUGAAUACAGAAUCGACGGAGACAGAUACAGGGCGUAUACACCAGAAGAAAGAUACACCAGGUAUAGUGACAUCACAGACCUUGGCGAAGCUCCAAUUCCGGUAAUUCCGACGCCAAUGUCUGUUAGCAUCAACAGACGGUUCAGGGUUAACCUGGCCCAACAUGGGUGGAAAAUCGUCACUAAAGAGCAGUUCUUACCAGAAGCGAAGUUUCUGCAAAGUAAGACAUACUCGAUUAUCUUGUUACAGGUGGGUGCGUGUGAGAAAGACUAUAUGAAGCUUGAAAGAAUGAAAUCUCUUGGGUUUCCAUCGCCAGGAAUCGGAGAAAGGAAACCCAUCAGACGGGUGAUUAAGCUCAUAGCAGCAGACCCGUUAAUACUGACUGACAGUAAACGAUCAACAUCUAUAGAAGCCUACUCACUAGCGGUACAUCCUGAUAGGGAAACUAUCGAAAUAACUUCCCGUGCCAGACCAGGCAUAUUUAAUGCCAUCCAGACGCUACUUGGUCUGGCAAUGAGAAGUCGCAACGGCGGCGACGUUCCUGAAGUAAACAUCACAGACGCACCACGGUUCGGGUUCCGUGGUGUUCUUUUGGAUGUCGCGCGCAACUUCCGGUCCAAACAGGAAGUGAUGAAGAUUCUGGAGGUGAUGUCUGUGUACAAGCUGAACAAGCUGCAUUUUCAUCUGACCGACUCACAGGGCUGGAGGUUGGAGAUGCCAGGACUGCCAGAACUCACCAAGGUUGGUGGACAGCGUUGUCAUGACGUCACAGAAACCGCGUGCCUUCUUUCUACCCUGGGGUCGGGACCUGAUACCUCCACAUCCGGGUCAGGAUUUUACACGGUAUCUGACUAUAAGGAGAUCUUAAGAUUCGCCGCUGAGCGCCACAUCGAGGUUAUACCAGAAAUAGCCAUCCCAGGCCGGUCACACGCCGCCGUGAAGUCAAUGGAAGCAAGAAGGCGAAUCCUUCUGGACAAAGGAGACUCUAAGCAUGCAGACGACUUUCUGCUCAACGACCCCGACAUACACCCUGGUUACCAGGCUGGUGUAUUCGGUGAUGACGUCAUAAACCCGUGCAUGGACACGACCUUUGUGUUUGUGAACCAUGUCAUAGCUCAGUUGGUUGCUAUGCACGAAGGUAUCAAUCCCCUGAAGACGUUUCAUUUUGGAGGACACGAAGUCGCACCUGGUACCUGGGACAACUUGACUCUGUGUAAACCACUGGAUGUAGGAUAUCACGAACUGAAAGAACGCUUUGUGAAGAAUGUAUCACGCCUGGCGUACAAACAUGGACUGAAUCUUGCAGCUUGGGCAGAUGGGCUAGUUGGCAAGGGAACAAGACCAUUCGACAAUGGGCAGCUUUUGAAUCGGGAAGUGUAUACCAAUACAUGGAACAACGUAUUGAAGAUGGGUGAUAGCUCUGUUGGAAGGCCGUAUGCUCUGGCCAAUGCAGGAUAUAAGGUUGUCAUGUCGCAGGCAACACAUCUCUACUUCGACCAUCCGCACGAGCCUGACCCCAACCAGAAAGGAACCUACUGGGCGACCAGGUUCAUCGACACUCGGAAAGUUCUUGCUUUCACUCCAGAUGAUAUUUACGGCAAUGCUGACGUCACUCUCCAGGGAGAACCCAUUACAAAUGAAGAUCUGUGUGGCGCUGAUGGAGGACGAUGUGUUAAACUGGAACACCCCCAAAGUAUCGUUGGGAUGCAGGGUCAUCUGUGGAGUGAGACCAUUCGGACUGACGAUCAGCUUGAGUACAUGUUGUUUCCAAGGUUACUGGCAGUGGCUGAGCGAGCCUGGCACAAAGCGCAAUGGGAGAGUACCAAAGAUGAACAAGACAAGCUCUCCGACUGGUUCAAAUUCGCGAACACUGUUGGAUACCAAGAGCUCCGUCUAUUGGAUAAAUAUGAUAUUGCCUACAGGAUACCCAGGCCUGGUGCGAGAUUGCAAAACAAUCGUCUGUUUGUGAACACUGAGUUUCCUGGUCUGAAAGUUGAAGUUAGUUUUGAUGAUGGACUGACAUGGAAAGAUGUCGAUCGAGAGGGAAUAAGUGUAGAAAACGUUCAAGUUUUAAAGUUAGCUACAAGAUCACCAAAUAAUGUCCGCCACAGUGAAGAGAUUACAGUCAACUUAACGUCACUAUCUGAAGCCUCCACGUCUCUUCCCAGUCUGUAUUGUGUUUUGUGGUGUUAUCUCGCAUGGUGGUUUUAUACAUAACCAUCACUACACUACCAUUUCCUGUAUCUACCUCAUUUACAGUUUAGUUUAUUCCGACAAUAAAUGCCACUGUACAAAAUUA